AUGCCAUUCUCUGGAACAAAAAAGAGUCCAUUAAUUUCUAUACCGUUUCUUAAAAAACGAUUACGACGUAUAACUGCUUUAGGUCUUCAUAAUUUAACAGUAUAUGAAUUUAAUUUUACUGUUCAUUUUACCUUACAUCGAAAUGAAAAUACUGUUGCUUUUUAUACAAGUGAAUCAGUUGUGAAUCAACGUAGCCCAGAAUGGUCCUAUUUUAAAUUUCCAACCAGUGUGCAAUGUUUACAAGGUAAACUAAUUUAA